AUGCCAGACCCAGACGCCGGCGACGAGCGGGCCAGGCCAGGCGAAAGGACAGCCUCCGACCCCCUCGCAGGCGUCCGUCUCGCAGCGCCAUCCACUGCCAGCGCCGACGCCCACCCACUGAGCCCAGGACCCAUCGGCGUACCGCGAUCGACGCGCCGCGUGUCCAGCCUCACCGACACGACACGGGCACGCGCUUUGUCCAGCCCGCGCAGUCCAGCAGCGGCAGCAGCAGGCUACUUUGACCUCCCGCGACGACAUCAUGCUGGGAGCGUGUCAAAUGCUGGCGCCGUCGGCUCGGCAGGAAGCGGUAGCCCGGUCGCUGGUACGACGCAUGCUGUCGUGGCCGGCCUCCUGAGCACGCCGAAGCGACGCACGUCCGUCCUCCCCACCCCGGUUGACCCAGACCUCCUGGGCCUUAACCUCCAUGCAGGCCCUUCUCGACGGCGCGGCUCGAGCCCAGGCAACAGCGCUAUACACCUCUUCAAUGAGGAGGAGGCUACACCGCGCAGACCAGCUACGACGCAGUACAAGCGACAGGGCACACCACUGCGUGACACGUACAGCCUCAACCACAACAACCGCAGCUGGGCACCGUAUCUGGACUGCCUGGGGCGUGAUGAGCUCGCCCUUCUCGAUACACACUUUGACGGCAUGAAUGAUCGCGAGCUCGCUGCCUUUCUCGCGCCGUAUGCCAGCGACGUCAAUGGUGGAGGACGAUCCAGAGACGGCGAAAGUCAGUCGACAGACGGGACCUCCACCCCACCGCCGAACAACGCGGAUGCACCCCUAUUCCCCCCAUCUCCUCCCCCGGCGAGGAGUGUCGAGCAUGCUCGCGAGCACCCGCUGCGUGUCCUUUCACGUGCGGUUCGCGAACUGCGUGAGGUGAUAUCCCGGCUGGAAGCUGAGAACGCCCUCCUCCGCGCCGCAACCACGCACCAGCACUCUCUCUUGGCGAGCGGAAACGCGACUGGCGCGUCGUCUGGGUCUGGUACGGCCGGUACACCUCGUCGGGCCAGCACCGAUCACGAACAGUCAACACUGCCCGCCCCUGUCCCCCUGCCCAGCGUCGCAGAACGCGGCGGCGUCGAUAUGUUACACGAUAGCUUGGCAGAUGCCCUCAGUACCAGCUUAACGUCGCCAUCGCGUACUCCCGUUCCGGACGACCGCUCACGGAGCCCGAUCGACAGCAGCACUAUCGCGCGACCCAAGUCUCCUACAGCCAGCAUCAUCAGCGUGCAGAGCAUGCGAAGUGUCCGCAGCGGGCGCGUGGGCAGUGUUGGCACCGGCACACCUGCAAGCCUCGGGUCGGGCACCAGCGCAGACCGCAAGGCUGCAUGGGGCAUCUGGGGAUGGGGGAAGAAGCCCAGCAGGAAGGGCAGUAUGGCAAGCCUCACGCCCAGCAUGGCGAGUGCGCUGCUCGAACCACAUGCCGAGGACGACGGCGAAUGGCGGCGUGGUGAUGGCGGUAGCGUCCCGAGCUUUCGGGCCAUCUUCCUCGCAACCCGCAUCCUCACGCCGGACCCAGCGAGCAUCCUCAUUGAACCUGCACGCGCCAAUGCGACUCUUGCGACCCUCGCGCACGCGCUCGUGUCGACCGCGCGCGACCAAGAGAUCGCAGUCAAGGACCCAGCAGGCGCACGGCCACGGUCUCGCUCUCGUGCGGCAAGCGUGUCGUCCGCUAAUGCACCCAACGUUGGAGGCGUCACCCUCGAUCGUCAGAUGUCCGCUGGGUACGGCGACCAGGCUCUCGCAGCCACCGUGGCUGUGGGCCGCACGCUGUUCUCGCGCGGCAAGGCGGCCAUUAACGCCCUCGACAGUGGCAGAGACGAAGUGCCUACGCGCCGCUCACGGACGCCAAGGGGCAAUGCUGUUUCUCAGUCCAUGAGCGGUGGUUCCCUCAACACGUCGACUGGAAGCAGAGAAAUGGGCAUGGGCAGUGCCGCUCACUCGCCCAUUGACGCUCCAGCACGCGACACGCCCCCACCAAGUGUUGAGCUCGCCUCCAUCGUGCCCGACGAGAGCCGACCGCCGACAGUCCUCCUCUCCCGCCAAAACCUCGGUUCCUUCUUCCAGUCUUCGCGCAGCAGCAAGCUGCCAACGGCUACGAGGUUUGAAAGUGAUCAACCUCCGCUCACGGACCGCUAUGGAUUCAUCUACGACAUCCAACACACAUCUAUGCUCAAGGAUGCCAGCCGUGCCGGCACCCCUGCGCCAAUCUCCUUGACAGGUCACAUCCCCGACGCACUCCCAUCACCACUUCCACCUGCUUCACCCGCGACAGACAGUCUUGAAGUGCCAGGUCGCGCACGCGCUGCAAGUGGAGCAAGCGCCACAAGCAGCCGCAGCCGUACAGACGCAUCGCCGUCACCGUCUGCUUCACCUGUGUCGCCCCGCACCCCGGACUCGGCAUCCCCACCACCGUCCAACGGAAACGGCAAUCAUGGCCGGAAGCGUACUGGCACCCUCCGCUCACUGGCCCCUGCACCGGCACGCCCGACUGCCGCCAAGGACCAGCUCACCGUAUCUGUACGAGGCUCCUCUAGUCUGCAGACGGCUUCUAGCGCGCCACAGACGCCUGACGCCAACUCAACCGCCGCCGCCGCCGCCGCUUCGCGUCUCACGGUCUCGUCCCUCCUCGACCAACUCACCGACAUCCACGACCGGCAGCAGAAGGCUCGCAUGGCUGAGUGGGAUGCCUUCCUCCGCAAGCGCAAGCGACCCAAGUCGCAACGGCGCGAGCAGGACGUCGGUGUCGGCGGGGCGAUUGCGUCCAUCGUCUCUCUGGCUGGCACACAGAGCAAAACGGGUCAGGACGAGUAUCGUCUCUUCCUCAAACUCGUUCGCCGCGGCAUCCCCUUGCCUUACCGUGCCGACGUGUGGGCCGAGUGCAGUGGCGCACGCGACCUGCUCGUUCCUGGCGAGUAUGCCGAGAUCCUUGCGGUCCACAAGGACGACCAGAGCCCCGUCAUGGCAGAGAUUGAAAAGGAUGUUGGUCGCACCUUCCCAGGAAACGUCUUCUUUGGUGGUGAUGGACCAGGUGUCGCCAAGCUCCGCAGAGUACUGGUCGCGUACUCAUGGCACAACCCUGCUGUUGGAUACUGCCAAGGCAUGAACAUGCUUGCGGCCACUUUGCUGCUGACGCACACUGAUGAAGAGCAGGCAUUCUGGGUGCUCCACUGCAUGAUCGAGCGCCUGCUCCCACCAGACUUCUUUGCCCCCUCGCUCCUCGGCUCGCGCGCAGAUCAGCUCGUACUCGGCGACCUCGUUGACGCACAUGUGCCGCGCGUCUCGGCACAUCUCGCCAACCUUGGCGUCGACCUCACAUCUGUCACAUUUGGCUGGUUCUUGUCUCUCUUCACCGACUGUCUCCCGGUCGAGACACUGUUCCGAGUUUGGGACGUCUUCUUUGUUGAAGGCCAUGACGUUCUCUUCCGUGUUGCGAUCGCCAUUCUCAAGCUCAACGAGAACGAUCUUUGCGCCACCGCGAGCGUCACGGACCUGUUUACGUUCAUCGGCGGCAUGACCGCGCGGUUGUGGAGCGCCGACAAGCUCAUCGCCUUGCAGCACUCGUACAAGGCUCUUGUGCGCGGGAAUGAUGUGCAGGCGCUAGUGGAGCGCCAUGCGGCUGCGCUCCAGAAAGAGAUUGACGGGGAGUGA